GUGCAAACGGAAGACUUAAAUAAAAAGGCAGGCCGUUUAAAGUUUAGAUGACCACCGUUUUUGUCUCGGCCGGACAGAUUCCGAUCAGGUGGUCGACGGCAAUGGCGAAGAGGAGAAAUCUCCGAGCAGCUCCGAGCACUGGCCGCCGUCAAACCCGCGCCGAGAAUCCUACUCAGGAGAACAAGUUCGAUGAAGUACACGCUUCUGAUCGAAGGCUUCUCCUCAUUUUCUUUGCCUUCUUCGUAGUGAUUCCCGCCGUCUCUGUCUGCUUGUAUCGAUUCAAAUUCGCUCCGGAAGCGGACCGCUCGGACCCAAUUGAGCACGGUCAGAAGCAAGGAGGUCGUUUCAAAGUGGAUAUGAACUACCAGGAAAUCCUGGAAGAGAAUUCAGAGGUUUCGCUGAAUGCAUCUCGACGCAAUUAUGCGUAUCCUGUGUUGGCUUACGUUACACCAUGGAAUUCCAAAGGCUAUGACGUAGCAAAGAAGUAUACCAAGAAAUUUACGCACAUAUCGCCUGUGUGGUAUGAUCUGAAGAGCCAAGGUUCUGGAUUGGUACUGGAUGGUCGCCAUAAUGCCGACACAGGAUGGAUGUCGGAGCUACGCCAGAAUGGAGAUGCCUUGGUAAUACCUAGAAUUGUACUGGAAGCAGUUCCUCAAGAGCUGCUGAAAAGCAAGAAACUACGGAGCAAAGCCAUUGACAUUAUAGUAACAGAGUGCAUGGAAAUGGAAUUUGACGGAAUUGUGCUUGAGUCAUGGUCAAGAUGGGCAGCUUAUGGCAUUUUACAUGACCCUGAUAUGAGAAAUAAGGCACUGCAGUUUGUGAAGCAACUUGGCGACACGCUUCAUUCUGUGAGCUCAGCAGAGAACAAUAACCGACCGUUACAGCUAGUCUAUGUGAUAGGUCCACCAGUUUCAGAGAAACCUCAAAUGCACGACUUUGGCCCACAGGAUCUUCAGAGACUGAGUGGUGCUGUGGAUGGGUUUUCGUUGAUGACCUAUGACUUCUCAAGUCCCCAAAACCCAGGACCAAAUGCUCCUUUAAAAUGGAUAAAGUUCGCGUUGCAGCAGCUACUUGGCCCUCCUGAGAACGCUCAAAACCUGGCACCAAAGAUAUAUCUUGGCCUCAACUUCUACGGAAAUGAUUUCUCCAUUUCAGGAGGUUCCAGCGGCGGGGCUAUAAUCGGACGGGACUACCUAGCAUUACUGGAGAAGCACAGGCCCAAAUUGCAGUGGGAGGAGAACAGUGCUGAACAUUUUUUCCUGUACGUGGAUGAUGACGGGAAGAGGCGUGCUGUCUUCUAUCCAACUCUGUCCUCAAUCUCAGCAAGGCUGGAAGAAGCCCUAGCUUGGGGGACUGGUGUCUCAAUCUGGGAAAUUGGACAAGGUUUGGAUCGUUUCUAUGAUCUUUUGUAGGAAGCAGUUUUCUUCCAGAACUGAAGAAAGACAAAGUUGAAAGUCCUUUCUCAUCAAUUUUGUGAUCUCUGUCAUUCAAUAUUUCAUAAAAUUCAUCUUUGUCAUCCUAAGAAAUGGUCAACUGGUUCUUCAAUCAAUGUUAUCGAGAGUUUUCUUGUCCCAUAACGUUAAUAGAGGUGUAUAGGAUUUGAU